ACCUAGAGCCAGAAGUGGUACCUCGGCACCAGAAUCCACAACUUCUCAACUUGGGAAGGACAGAGCUGGCUGGGAGGUGUGCCUCAGACCAGGGCUUUCCAAAACUUUUUAAAAUUAUGCAUCUUUUCUCCAUAAAAUAUCUUUCACUUGAUUUCCAAUAAAUGUGUAUUUGUGUUUUAUGCAUGCACUAUUAUACGAUUAGUUUGGUUUCUUGCUUUAAACACAAAACAGAAAAAUACUUUUCCCAGACGAGGAUGGAUCAGUCUUGCUCACCUCCCCCUGGGAAACCACUUCCUCGGACUGAGCCAUCCUGUUGCCGGAGCACCUCCUCACCUGAACCCUGCCUGCUUCCCCUUUAGGCACAUUUCCUAACUAAAGGCUCCCUCUUUAUUUCCCCCGCAGGUAGGCCCUUUGUUUUGUACAUUCCGUCCCUGCCUGCCCCGGGAGCGCUGCCUCCAUUCACAUCUAGGCCUCUCCAAACCCCAGUUUCGUCACCUGUAAUUCAGGGAUAGUAGUAUCCUCUUUUUGGGAUGACCUUGGAAUUGAAAUAAAGGAACACAUAUAAAGAACAACAUACGUCCUCCUCCAUCGAAGUGCUGCUCCUGCUUCCGACUUCUGCCCCAACGCAAGAUUCAGUUUCGGCCUCCACUCCAGGCAGUCCCCUCUCUGCCACCGAAUAUGAACGCUUCUUUGCACUACUGACCCCAACCUGGAAGGCAGAGACGACCUGCCGGCUCCGUGCAAUGCAUGGCUGCCGGAACCCCACCCUCGUCCAGCUGGACCAAUACGAAAAUCAUGGAUUGGUGCCCGACGGCGCUGUCUGCUCCGACCUCCCUUAUGCCUCCUGGUUUGAGUCCUUCUGCCAAUUUACUCAGUAUCGUUGCUCCAACCACGUCUACUAUGCCAAGAGAGUCCGGUGCUCCCAGCCAGUCUCAAUCCUCUCUCCCAGCACUCUCAAGGAGAUUGACAUUUCCUCUGACGUCCCACCCACCACGAUGACCUCCCCCCUCUCAUCUCAUGUCACAGCCACAGAACGACAGGCCUUCCAGCCCUGGCCGGAGAGGCUGAACAACAAUGUGGAGGAGCUGCUGCAAUCCUCCCUGUCCCUGGGGGGCCAGGAGCAGGGGUCCGAGCACAAGCAGGAGAAAGGGCAGGAGCACAAGCACAAGCAAGGGCAAGAACAUAAACAAGAGGAAGGGCAGGAGCAAGAAGAGCAAGAGGAGGAGAUGGAGGAGGAGGGAAAGCAGGAGGAAGGACAAGGGACAGAGGAGGGGCUGGAGUCCAUGACCAGGCUGCAGUCAGACCCAGAGCUCAAGUUCCAGUCUGAAUUUGUGUCUUCCAACCCUUUCUCCUUCACUCCCCGGGUACGGGAGGUAGAGUCCACAUCUAUGAUCAUGGAGAACAUCCAGGAGCUCAUUCGGUCAGCCCAGGAAAUGGAUGAAAUAAAUGACCUGUAUGAUGAAGAACCCAUCUGGAAAAAGCCAUCCCGUGACAGCCUCCUGCAGAUGCCUCACAUAGAGGCCUUGUUGGUGCUGUGCUAUUCGAUUGUGGAGAACACCUGUACCAUAACCCCCACAGCCAAGGCCUGGCAGUACAUAGAGGAGGAGAUCCUUGGUUUCGGGAAGCCGGUUUGUGACAGCCUUGGGCGGCGACACUCAGCCACCUGCGCCCUCUGUGACUUCUGCUCCCUGAAGCUGGAACAGUGCCAGUCGGAGGCCGUCCUGCAGCGGCAGCAGUGUGAUAGCUCCCACAAAACACCCUUCAUCAGCCCCUUGCUCAUAGCCCAGAGCAUGUCCAUCGGUACCCAGGUAGGGACCCCAACAUCAGGCCGCUUUUACGGGCUGGAUAUGUAUGGCGGGCUCCGCAUGGACUUCUGGUGUGCCCGGCUAGCCACAAAGGGCUGUGAAGAUGUUCGAGUGUCCGGCUGGCUCCAGACUGAGUUCCUUAGCUUCCAGGAUGGGGAUUUCCCCACCAAGAUUUGUGACACAGACUAUGUGCAGUAUCCAAACUACUGUGCCUUCAAAAGCCAACAGUGCCUGAUGAGAAGCCGAGAUCGGAAGGUGGCCCGCAUGAGAUGCCUGCAGAAUGAGACUUACAGUGCCUUGAGCCAGGCCAAAAGUGAGGACGUUGUGCUUCGAUGGAGCCAGGAGUUUAGCACCUUGACUCUAGGACAAGCAGGAUGAGCUGGGGGCCAUCUUGUCUCCACCCCAGCCUGACCCUUCCACAUUCUCCAUUGCUUUUAGACCCCAUCUGUCAGUUUGCUUCCUGACAGGAUCUCCUACCUGGCUUCUACUCAUGUUUUCCUUGGGUUGGGGCAGCAAUCCCAGAAGGGUCCAUGAUGGGAACUCCACCCACCUUAAAGGAUGUCUUUAUAUAAAGUGUUUAUUUUCAA